AUGUCUGCCUCGCUCCAAGGAAAGCUUGCCAUUGUCACCGGCGCCGGCAAGUCCAACGGCGUCGGCUUUGCCACGGCCCUGACCCUGGCCAAACAGGGCGCCGACAUUGUCCUCCACUACAACACCAGCAAGGACGCCGCCCUCCAAAACGUCAAGGCGCUCGAGGCCGUUGGUGUCAAGGCCAUUGCCGUCCAGGCCGACGCCGCCAGCACGACGUUUGGCACGGACAUUGUCGCCGCGACCACGGCCAGCUUCCCGGGCCGCACGAUUGACAUUCUCGUCAACAACGCCGCGAUGCUGGCGGCCAAACCGGACCUCGCCUCGUUUACCCUCGAGGACUUUGACACCACGUUCCACAUCAACGUCCGCAGCAUCUUCUUGCUCAUCCAGGCCGCCGAGCCCCACCUGACCGCGCCCGGCGCCCGCAUCGUCAACAUCUCCAGCGUCGCGGCCCGCUUCGGCAUCGCGCCCGGCAACUUCUACGCCGGCUCCAAGGCUGCGCUGCACGCCUUGACGCGCGGCUGGUCCGAGUACUUUGCGCCCCGGGGCAUCACGGCCAACGUGGCGCUGCUGGGCCCCAUUGAGACCGACCUGGUCUUUCCCGAAGACAACCCGUACACGCAGCGCUUCCGCCACGACCAGCACAUCAAGCGCAACGGCACCACCCAGGAGUGCGCCGACGCCAUUCUGUUCCUGGCCAGCCCGGGCAGCUCUUUUGUCACGGGCCAGGUGCUGAACGUUGACGGCGGCCUGACGUAUGUCUAG